AUGUUUUUAUUCGCAGGUUUUAGAGAAGGAGUGGAUUACGUGGGCUGCGAUUUGCUGCGGGUGGAAGACGCGAGUGUCUCUUCUGCUGCUGCUUGUCAGCAGCUUUGUGUCUCUUUUGCUGCUUGUGCUUUUUUCUCCUUCAAGAAGUCCACAAAAGGGUGUUAUUUGAAGUCUGCUGCUGCUCCUUUCGGAGAAGCAGCAGACCCCGACGUCAUUUCCGGGCCCCGCAGCUGCAGCAGCAGCAGCAGCAGCAGCAGCAGCAGCAGCAGCGGCGGCGGCGGCGGCGGCGCUGCAGCAGCAGACGCGGGCGCAGCAGCAGACGCAGAUGCAGCAGCAGCAGCAGCAGCAGCAGAGGAGGAGGAGCUUCCUGCUGCUGCAUGCGUCGACAGCAGCACGGAGUACCGGGGCUUCGACUUGGAGACGAAGAGCAACGUGGUGUCUGCUGCUUUCUGCCAGCAGCUCUGCAGCAGCAGCAGCAGCAGCAACUGUCUCUUCUGGACUCAUGACAAAAACAAAAACGUUUGCCACUUGAAAGGAGAAGGAGCUGACAGACACAAAGUCAGCAGCAAAGCAACUCUCGGAAUGGUCUCCGCAGCCAGGGACUGCAUCCCCAUCAACCCAGGGUGCCACGUGCUGGACAGCAGCUACUUGGGGGCUGUGACUCGGCAGCUGCGGCAAGUGGCAACUUUCGAAGCUUGUCAGCAAAACUGCCAGUUGGAUUCUUCUUGCUUCUUCUUCAACUGGAGCAGCAGCAGCAAACUUUGCCAACUUCGUGCUGCUGCUCCCCAGGGCCUCGUCACGGACCACUCCACCCAGGGCCUCGUGGCGGGCCCCAAGUUCUGCCCCAACGAUGACGUGUGUCUGGAGGAGGCGGACUACGUGGGCCACGACGUGGAGGCCAUCGAGGACGGAAGUGUCUCCUCCGCUGUCUCCUGCCGCUCGCGCUGCCGCAGCAGCAGCAGCUGCAGCUUUUUCACUUUUGCAAAAGACACAAAAAGCUGCUACUUGAAGGACCAGCAGGCCCUCAAGGGCAAGACCACUGGUCUGGCCAGCCUCGGCCGGCUCUCCGGACCCAAGAACUGCUUCCUGCACUUCGGUAAACCCUAA